CGCUGCGGCGCCACUACAUCGACCUGCUGCUGAACACUCGAGGUGUGAAAGGAGCAACGCGUGCAAUGCCGGUGCAGGUCAGCCUCAUCGUGCCGCAGGGCACGACCGCGGGUCAGCAGAUCAGCUUCGUCCACACCGACGGGCGGAACGUCUCGCUCAUCCUCCCCGACGGCGUCGUCCCCGGGCAGACGCUGCACGUCAACGUGCCUGACGCGCCGCCUGAGCCCGGCAAGAGCGCGGCGCCGCCCAGCCAGAAGCCGAACAAGAAGAAGCGGAAGAAGAAGGAUACGGGCGACUCGGACCUCGACGCCUCCGACGAGGAGUUCGUCCCGGGGCAGACCAACCGGCAGGACCUGGAGGAGGACCACGAGGACGACAGGGAGGACGGCAAGCGCAACGGCGAUGCGGGCGAGUCGAGCGUGGUCAAGACGCGGCCGCGCCGCUCGUCGGCGGCCAAGGCGGCCGAGAAGUUCACAAACUCGGUGUCGGACGCGAUGUUCGAGGAGGCGCUCGCGAAGCAAUCGAAGGCGGACGAGGCGAAGCGCGCGGAGCAGAAGAAGAACAAGGAGGAGCGGUUGCGGCAGCGCAAGGCGCAGGCGCUGCUGCUCGCCAAGGCCGCCGCCGAGGCGGACCAGGCGCAGGAGGGCGGCGACGAGGACGAGAUUGAAAACAUCGUCGACGUCAAAAAGGGGCCGCUGGGCCUCGUGUAUGAGAUCAAGUGGAAGGGGUACGAGCGGCCCGAGGACAACACGUGGGAGCCCGAGGGCAACUUGCACCCCGACCUUGUCUCCGACUUCAAGCGCGACUACCCGGAGCUCGUCAAGCAGGCGGAGGAGGGCGAGGUGGAGAUCGAAGUCGUGCCCGGCACCGGCAUCCUCGCCGACACGCCCUUGCCGAGCAGCUCCGCCGACGCACCCGCCGCCGAGCCGCCCGCUGCAGCGCCGGCCGCCGCCGAGGCUCUGGCCGCCGAGGAUAAGGAUAAGGACGCCACCCUCGACGACCUUACGGCGGUCUGACCGCCGCGCCUCUAGCUGCGCCGCGCGACCCGUGCUGCGGGGACGCGCGGCGGCGGCGGCUUGCGCGCUCGCGCCGUCCCCAACGCAAGCUGCACGCCGGUGCACUGUCUCUCUGUCUCUCCCCAGAUAAGAAGGGCUUCUAGUUAGGAACUGUCCAGUCUUUUGCCGAAUGCGGGUCGUAUGCGCGGUAGUACACACCAAUGCAUGCGAGGGGUGGGGCAUUUUAAAAGCGAGUAUCGUGUAAAGC